ACUCUGUUAUGUCAAAACCGCAAAAGAGGAAAGGAUAAGGGAGGAACAUCCGUACAAACCAAAAAAGAGGCAUCAGUCACAGAAUAGUAUUAGUGUAGUGUGUGUGUAAGUAUCAAUCCAAAUUUCAAACACAAUACAUAAACAUGAUGAUGAUGAUGAUGAUGUUUGCCUCCACUUCCAUUACACACGGAGUCAGAGUUACUUCAUUCACAACUCCAAUUGCUAAAUCAAGAAGACACACUUUUUCUCUAUCCUUCUUCUCCAACAGAACAAGCUUAGAUAUUUUCUCUACUCCCACUGAAACAAGACUUAGACAUAUCAAUACCCCAAUUUCAGCUUCUAAUUCAGGUUUAGAAGCAUCAACUAUACAUUCAAAUGAUGUUUCAGCCUUGUUAACGGAUGUCACUGUAGUUGAAGAACCAGGAGAUGAAAAUAAGAUACAACUAAGAGUGGAGUUGACUGGUGAUCAAACACAGAAGGUAUUUGACAAGAUCCUCAUAAACUUAGGUCGUACUGCCCCACCGGUUCCUGGAUUUCGCAUGCAAAAAGGAGGAAAAUCAUCAAAGAUCCCACCAGACUUUCUUUUAGAGAUGCUUGGGGAAGAACGUGUCACUAAGUUUGCAAUACAAGAAAUACUCAAUUGUACAAUGGCUGAUUAUGCAAAAAGGGAAAACUUGGAUGCCAAGGACAAGAAAGUUAGCACUGUUCAAACGGAACAAGAACUAAAAAAAUCAUUCAGAGCAGGAAAAAAAUUUAGCUUCAAUGUUAUAUUUGAGCCUAAUGAUUCUGAAGGUAAAUAACUUGUUUUGAGGGAUCUAGCUGUUGCGCAUAACCAGAUUAAUGAUUAAGGGAUCAACAAGAUUUGUCUCACAACGAUAUGCAGCUAAAAGAGUUACUUUAAUCGUCAGUUUGAUGAUCACAUGAAAAUAAAAGUGAAAUAUUCUGACAGGAAACUUACAGGAAAAAUGUAUAAGAAACUCAUCAUUAGAUUAUUCAUCGUGGUUUUGCGGUUAUACUGAACUAACAGAGUGAUAUAUUGCAGAAUUUGAAUAUCUUUACAGCCUUUUAAAUUAAAUGGCGAAUUGUCAAUUACGACGUUCAUUUUUA